AUGGGCAAAGUCGCCAAGAUCAAGUUUAAGGUACGCAAGUUUUUUGCGAAGAUCAAGGUCCGUCGCCUCCUGGCAAAGGAUGCCGCCGCUACUACCGCUGCCGCCAACGUCGCUCACGAGGAGCGACUCGCCCAGGUCCAGCGAGUUGACGGAACCGAGCACAAAAUCGAGCGCUCGAUGGACGUGAUGGUGGCCGCCCGGCGCUCGGUUUAUGGUGCUCACAUGUUGCCCCAGACAACUCAGUUCGGUGUCUCGGUCGAAGAGGCUCGGGAGCUCCACGAGAAGCAAAAGGCUGCUGCUGCCCAAGAUGGCGGUGGGAUCUGGGAUGGGACCCAGACAAGCAACCAAAUCUAA